AUGAUUACACCUAAAUUUGAUAUAAAUCAAGAUGAAGAAUAUAUUUAUAUUAAAAUCAAGAUAUCAAAUAUAAGAUUCAGUGCUGCUGGUUUAGAAUUAGUAGUGCAGGAGAAUUUAGUAAUUUUCCAUCUAUCUCCUUAUUACUUACGUCUAAGAUUUCCACAUAACCUUGUGGAUGAUGAAAGAGCAAAAGCAGAAUAUAAAGCUAGUGAUGAGUCAAUAGAUGUCCAAUUACCAAAAGAAAUAAAAGGCCAAUAUUUUGAAGAUUUGGAUCUUCCAACAAAGUUAUUAGCAAGAGAAGGUGACAUUUUAGGUGCUGAUGCAAUAGAGCAAUCUACAAAGAAUGAUGAUUCCAAGAAGAAGGGCCCCUUAAUUCAAGAAAUAAGAAACUCUGAUUCUUCUAACAAUAUUUCAACUUCUGAAAAUAUUGCAAGUUUAGGUGAAACUUAUAAUUGGGAAAUUGAACAAAAUUACAAUAAUGAGGAAGUCUCAGAUACUAAUAUUUUAAAGACGAAAUAUGGGUUUAAUGAUUCAUAUGAUUCAAUAAUAUCUGUUUCAGUGGCUAGAGGUAAUGAUAUAAACGAAUUAGAGUCUCCAGAGCACACAAAUCCGAAUGAUAGAGUUAAAGAUCGUUUAAAAAAAGAAGAUAUAAAAUUUGAUUCUGAUUAUUAUUUAUAUGAAUAUAUGUUAGAAAAAUAUGGUUCUGAAGAAGACAUUGAAAUUAAUGGACUAAAGAAAUUAUUAAAUUUCACUCCACCUUUAGCAAAACAAUAUUUAAAAUGGUAUUCCAAGGCAAAUAAAACUAAUAAUGAUAGUGAAUCUGAUAUGCCAAUUAAUUUCACCGAUGAAGAAAAGUCUCAAAUGCAAAACAAUUUACCUAAAAAAAGUUAUUUGGUUAACGAUACUAAAAUGUUGUAUGUUAUGCUAAUCAAUUUACUAUUUUCUUAUAUGUUCGAACAAUUAGAGAAUGAAGGUACACAUACUGUUGAAAGUCCAUGGACAAUUGGUAAGCUAACACCUCAGUUUGCAUUUUUAGAUCAAAAAUUAAUUCUUGAUGACUCAUUGAGUUCCAAUUUAAGCAUUAUUAAAGUUGCUAUAGUGACUUCAAUCAGAAGAUCUCUAAGCUAUACUUUACAUAGAAACUUUAACUUAUCAAUGAAAGCUUUAAACUUUGUUUAUUAUAUUUUACGUGGUGGUAAACGUCUUAUUAUUAGAUGCUUACUAGACAUUCAUGAAAUAUUUCGAAUACAUGAUGUAUAUUAUGUUUAUAAUAAAAUAUUUUUGGAUGAUUUAUGCUCAUGGUUCAUCUCUGAUGGUAACUCAAAUGUUAUUAAAAGUUUAGCACUUGAAUUUCAUAAAGAAAUAAGUCAAAUGAAAAAGGAAGAUAUUGAUUUCAAUUUGAUUUCUGGUUUUGAUGAAGAUACAGGUGAACCAACUUGGGAAAAUAUGACUCUAAAAGAGAUGGAAUUAAUGGCAGAAGCACAAUACAUUGCGGAUAAUGAAAAUCAGGAAACAUAA